UCCUUCCUUGAAGCUGAAAUUCACUGCCUCUUUCCUCCUCCACAUUGCAAGUUUGCAGCACCUCCAAUCCCUUCCAUCAUCAAACAUGCAACACGACGCCAUGGCCAACAUUGCAUGCCAUCCUAGCAUGGACUUCACAAGCUUUUUCCUGUCCCAGAAUGACACUUGCCUGCAAGAUUUCAGCACAGUCCUGGACAUGGGUGAUCCAUCAUACAUCUGCAAUGGCAUUGGCAUUGGCAGCGGCAGCAGCAUCACCAUGAGCUCAGUGCCUGCAGAUGAAGCGAACAUUCAGAUUCAGGUGAUGGGUCAUGGCAAUAACGAGAGGAAGAAGAGAAGACUAGUGUCGAACCGUGAGUCUGCAAGGAGGUCUCGCGUGAGGAAGCAGAGGCGCCUGGACGAACUGUCAUCGCAGGUGUCAGAGCUUCGAGACACCAACCAGAGGCUUCUUGUUGAGCUGAACCACAUGAUCGCCAAGCAUGCUCGCAUUGUCAGGGAGAAUGCCCAGCUCAGAGAAGAAGCUUCUCACCUGCAGAAAAGGCUCAGUGAGAUGGAGCUGGAAGAGGCUGAAGUAGCUGCUGCACCAAGAAUAUUAAAAGUAGCUUAAUUAGACGUAAUUAAGUGAUUAAUUGCAGCAUAUCAUGCCUAGUAGCACCCUUGCAAUGUUGUAUAGAUUGUACUGAUUAAUUAGGUGAUUAUUCUUUUUUUAUAAAAAAAUCAUUUUCCUUUGUGCAAAGGAGAGAAUAUAAAUACGAGACUACCUUUAUAUUUUGUAAUAUCCCUUUGAAUUAGGAAUGGCUGGAUUCUAGUCUCUAGAAAAGACAAAACA